GUCCCCAUGGCCCGGCCCGCGACGCUGGUGGCCGCCGCGCUGGCGCUGUGCCUGCUGCUGGCGCCGCCCGCCCUCGCCUGGUACAGGUCGGCGGCGGGGUCCGGCCACUACUCUGUGGGCCGCGCCGCGGGGCUGCUCUCCGGCUUCCGCAGGUCGCCGCACGGGCGGCGCUCCGAGCCCCGCACCGCGGCGGGACCCCUGGGCCGGGCCGGCGCCCUCCCGCAGCUGCGCCCCAGCCUGCGGAGCCUCGCUGUGUGCGUCAAGGACGUCGCCCCGAACCUGCGGAGCUGCGCGCGGGUCCCCGACGGCCGCGGGUCCGUCCAGUGCAAGGCUGACGUCUUCCUGUCGCUGGACACGGCCGACUGCGCCUGAGCCCCGCUCGCUGUCGCCGAGAUUCCCCGUCCCCCUCCGACGCCCCCAGGCCCUGUCUGGCGCAGACGGCACCCCCCACCCCCAAUGAGGAGAUGAAUAAAGCGAGAAGC